UCUCUCAGGGGACUCAACGCCGGAGACUCCGGUGCUGUGGGCACCGGGAACAGCCCCCGGCUCGACAGGGAGAGGCUGGCAGAGGGUCUCGGCCCACCGCGGAGGAGGCGGCCUCAGGAAUGCCGACCGUCCCCGCCGCUAAGGGCAGGCAGAGGGCAACGGCGGCGACGUUCCGCUCCCACGGUCUGGGAAACCAGUCCAUCGGUCGGUCCAUCGAUCGCCAGUCCAGAUGCGGGCCAAGUACAGCAGCACCCAGGAUAUGCUCGAGGACGAUGGACACACCACCCUGAGCCUGCAUUCCCGAACCUCCAGCGCAGCCAGGAGCCCCGAGCCCUCCGGCCCAGGGCGUGUGGCCCCAUCCCGGGCAUGGCGGCCCGUGGCCUUGACUCUUCUCAUUGUGUGCCUCGUCUUGCUGCUUGGGCUGGGAAUCCUGGGCUUCGAGUUUUUCCAGGUCUCCCGACUGUCUAACGCCCAGCGGACGGCCAUCUCCCAACAGGAGGAGAGGCUGGGAAACCUCUCCUGGCAGCUGCAAGACCUCCGAGCCCAGACCAGGAAGCUCACGGGGACUUUGCAGCAGGUAGCCCAGAAGCUCUGCUGGGAACUCUACAACAAGACUGGAGAGCACAGGUGCAGCCCCUGCCCGGAGAAGUGGCUCUGGCGAGGAAGCAGCUGCUUCCACUUCCACAGAGAGAGCCGGUCGUGGUGGGGCUGUGAGGAUCUCUGCUCAGCGGAGAAUGCCUCCCUACUGAAGAUUGACAGCCAUCAAGUGCUGGAGUUGGUGAUACCCCUGAGUUUCUCUAAAUUCUUCUACUCCUACUGGACGGGACUGAGUCGCAAUGGCAGUGGCCAGCCCUGGGUCUGGCUGGAUGGAUCCCCUCAGGCGUCUGAUCUAUUUCAAGUUGUGGUGGAUUCUGACAGUCCGAGGAGCAGGGACUGUGUGACCAUCCUCAAUGGAAAGACUUUCUCUAAGGACUGCAAAGAACUGAGGCGCUGUGCGUGUCAGCGGGCAGCCGAGCUGGUGAGGCCAGAGGAGCUAGGUUAGACGAGCUCCACAGGCCGGAUGGAGGCGUCCACGACUCUGGAAAUGACACGGUGAAGGAAGCUGGAGCCCUGGGCACAUGCUAGAGGUUGUUUAGACGGUCCAGUGUUUGCGAUUUUUAUGGAGCUUGUCUGGGGUCACCAGGUCCCCUCCCAACCUCUUCCUAAAGCUGAGCCUCGCUGGUUCAAGCAGACGGCCUAGUGGAUAGCACACAGGCCUGGGAGUCAGAAGGACAUGGGUUCUAGUCCCAGC